AUGGAUGAGCAAAAAAUUCACGAUAUACAGACAUGCGGCUUCGUACAGGAGCUGAAUCACUACAAGAAGACGACCGCCCCUAAGACCUCAGGCUAUACCCAGCAGAUGUUUGAUAGGCUGUUUCCAUAUGGCCCUGCUGUCAAUGCCCUUCUGGCUACCUUGUACAUAUCUGGACCACCAAACUUUCUACUCGCACUAUGUCCUCCAAACAUCGACCCUUCAUCUCUUUCUGUGAUGGUAGCCUUUGCUGUUGGAGGGCUACUGGGAGACACGGUCUUUCACCUGUUACCAGAAAUAUUCUUGGGCGAAACAUCACCUGAUCAUGCGCGCUUUGUGCUUGUAGAUCCAAAUAAGAAUUUACUGCUUGGUGUCGCGAUUAUCUUUGGAUUCGUCACAUUUACUUUGAUGGACAAGAGCUUGCGCAUUGCAACAGGAGGAGAAGGGGGCCAUGACCAGGCGCACGGAAAGAAAGAAGACACGGAAGAUAUAAAGAAAGACCAAGUAUCGAAAGCAACGGGCGUGGAGAGUCUGUCUCAGAAAGCCAACGGCACUGUGAAGUCUAGAAAGUCGAUAAAAGAGACUUCCCCAUCGCUGGAGAUCUUUGCUGAUCUAAAAGAUUUGUUAUUACCAAAAGACAAAGUCAAAGAGCUGUGGAGCACACCAGAGCCCAGCCGGUCCAACGAUUGGCUUGCUGAAGUCCUCCAAGCGGAUGACACCGCGGGUGUGACGCAGAUUGCCAUCUGGAGAGCAUAUGAAGCAGCUUUCAAAGGGAACAAAGGUGUCCCUAUUCUCGAAGCAACCGCCCUCAUCCACAGUGCAAGCAAAGUCUUUGAAAACGCUAGCGCGCAAAUCAUUGAGGGCGAGGAGAGAAAAUUUAUCAUCAAAGGAGUCCGACCUCAAGUAAGCGAAGUCGAAACGGUCGCAGACACAGCGAAGGCAAUUGUAAAGAGCGCAAAGCCAAGCGUGCCAAAGAACGAGCCAGGGCAUUCGAUUCGCCUCUCCGCGUACCUCAAUCUGAUUGCAGACUUCACCCAUAAUAUCACGGACGGUCUUGCCUUGUCAUCCUCUUUUUAUGCAUCUCCGAUGCUGGGGGCGACUACAACUGUGGCGAUCUUCUUCCACGAGAUACCACAUGAGGUGGGCGACUUUGCGCUUCUCAUCCAGUCUGGCUUCUCUAAACGAAAAGCGAUGGGAGCACAAUUCAUCACUGCUUUUGGAGCAUUUUUGGGCACUUGCCUGGGCAUUUUAGUGCAAGAGCUGGCCAAGUCAGAUUUCGACCCAAGCAAGCAUCGAGAUCAACAUGCAGACAACAAAGGAAUACUUGAAACAGGAUUAGGCUGGGGCGACAUGCUGCUCCCUUUCACAGCGGGCACCUUUUUGUAUGUGGGCACUGUGGCUGUGAUACCAGAGCUCUUGCAGACAGGCCCACGGAAAGGCGAGGAGGUAAGGAAAACGAUGAAGCAAUUCAUUGCGAUGUUUAUUGGCGCUGGAAUCAUGCUUGCGUAA